AUGUCUGGAAGCUCCUCGGGAAGGCAGGCGGCGUCGGCGGAGCAGGCAACAGAUUGGUUGGCACGUUCAUUUGAUGACUUCUUUGGAAACACAAAUAUUUCUUCUAGUGCAGUUCCUGUGAAGUCACUAGAAGGCAACUCUGGAAGAAACCGGAGCAAAAAGAAGAAAGAACUGUCUUCUGUGCCAGACAGUAGCAAAACUAAAGUUCUGCCCAGAAAAAGAGCAAAGUUGUCUUCAGUAGAUCUGCCUUGUAACAAGCCCAGACAAAACUGGAGCCAAUCUCAAGAUGAGCCGUGGGUAGAUAGAUACAAACCUGAGACUCAGAAUGACCUUGCUGUGCAAAAGAAGAAAAUUGAAGAAGUUGAAACCUGGUUAAAAAUGCACAUAUUUCAGAGGCAGCCAAAGCAGAGUGGCUCUGUUUUACUGCUGACUGGUCCUCCUGGUUGUGGAAAGACUGCAACUAUACAAGUAUUAGCAAAAGAUCUUGGCGUUCAGGUGCAAGAAUGGACCAAUCCAAUACCUUUAGACUUUACGAAAGAAGACUUAAGAAAUAUGCUUGGCCAUGACUCAAAUUUUCAUACGUUUCCGAGUCAGGCUCAAGCAGCUCUCUUUCAAGAUUUUCUAUUAAGAGCAAAUAAGUAUAACAAACUUCAGAUGCUUGGGGAGUCCUCAGAAAAUGAUAAAAAGCUUAUUCUUAUUGAAGACAUACCUAACCAAUUCUAUCGAGACCCUAGCAGUCUACAUGAAAUUCUCAGGAGAUUUGUUUGUACAAGUAGAUGUCCCCUUAUAUUUAUAAUCUCGGAUAACUUCAGUGGAGACAGCAACCAGAGGUUACUAUUCCCAAUGGAAAUUCUAGAGGAGUUGUGUAUAUCCAAUAUUAGUUUCAAGCCUGUUGCACCAACAAAUAUGAUGAAAGUUCUUAAUCGAAUAGCUGCAACAGAAGCUAGUAUGAACAGAGAAAAGAAUUAUGCUCUUGAUAGAACUUCUUUGGAGUUGCUUUGCAGAGGUUGUUCAGGUGAUAUAAGAAGUGCAAUAAACAGUCUUCAGUUUUAUUCCAUGAAAGACUGCUCAUUGGAGAAAGAGUUUUGGUCAAGGAAGAAAAGGAGCUCUGCACCAAAAUGUGAAGCAGCAGCAGUAUCUAAAGUAAGAAAGAAAAGUAAAUCUGAUACUUCAGAAGACCAGGAGAUACAAGCUAUUGGUGGCAAAGAUGCUUCCAUCUUUCUUUUCCAUGCUCUGGGGAAAAUAAUUUACUGCAAAAGAGAACCAGUGUCAGAAUCAGAAUUUCCUCAGCUGCCUGCGCACUUAUCAGAAUACCAUCGAGACACCUUGCUUAUUCAGCCUGAGGAUAUUGUGGAAAAAUCACAUAUGUCUGGAAGCAUGUUUAAUUUAUACCUUCACCAGAACUAUGUAGACUUUUUUUCUGAUAUAGAUGAUGUAGUGAGAGCCAGUGAAUAUUUGAGCACUGCUGAUGUCCUUUGUAGUGCUUGGAGUACACGGUUUGUGAUGGAAGAAUACAGUGCAUCUGUGGCUACUCGAGGGGUGAUACAUUCAAAUACGUCGAGAGCCUUUGCUCACCACCAAGGAGGGAUGGGGUUCCGGCCUUUACAUAAACCCCAGUGGUUCUUUAUCAAUAAAAAGUAUCAAGAAAACUGCCUUGCUGCAAAAUCUCUCUUUUCAAGUUUCUGUUUACCACCCGAGUGUCUUCAGACAGAGCUAUUGCCUUAUCUUGCUAUGUUAGCAAAUCCAAUGAGAAACCAAGCUCAGAUUGCUUUUAUCCAAGACGUUGGGAGGCUACCACUGAAAAGACAUUUUGGGAGAUUAAAGCUUGAAACACUUACUGACAAAGAUCCUGGGAUACCAGACUUAUUUGUUAGCUCUGAGGGGGACCGUGCCGAUGUGGUUGCUAUGGAGACGGCUAUACAGAUGGAGAAAAACAGAACAAAUGAGAAUGAAUCGGAUGGAUUCCCUCUCUCUUCUAGCCAGUGCAGUGGAAGUGAACUCCCUUCCAGUCAGCCUCAGCCUGUUGCAGCUCAAGCAAUCAUGGAGGAAGACGAAUUAAAAAUAGAGGAAUAUGAUAGUGACUGA